AUGUAAUAGAGAACUUACUAUAUUAAAAUAGAGAAACAAAUGAUUCUACACUAGAUAUCUAAUAUGUAUAAAAGUUGUGCUCAAUUAUUGAAUAUGAUAUUAGUCUUGCCUGAAGAAAUUGGACUCCAGAAGAGAACUUAUCUUAUUAUUAAAGUUUUAUAUAAAUAUAUUCCUGGUUUAAGAAUAGCUUUGAUGGGACCAUUAUAAUUAGUAAUGCGCAAUCUAUCUCUCUUUUUACAUAAAGAUGCUUAAGAAUACAAAGAAAUAACUAUUUUUUUAUAUCAAUUAAUUCAUUCAUCAGAUUAUGAUGAUAAAUUUAAGUAAUCUCUACUUGAGGAUGAAGAUCUUGCAUAUCUAAGGGAAAACAAGUAUUAUAAUCUAUUUAUAUAUUAUAGAUACUUUUCUGUUAAAGCUUUAAGUUAUGUAGAUGAGUCAUAAAGUGUACCAUCUCUGAGAAAUUUAAAUAUAUAAGCAGCUUUCCCUUGUUAUGUUAUAAUUUAAGCUGCAUCCAUCUAUUCUUAUUCAUUCAUGGUUGAUAAGCCUAAUUCACUUAUAUUUUGGAGCUUUAGAACUCUAGAUUAUGAUGUAUCAUUUGGACUAUUCAAAUUAUAAACAAUUGAAGAUUUGGGAAUAAUUGAUUAUCUUAAUGAGAAAAACGGAGUUAAAUCUUUGAUCAAGCUAUAAAGAAUUGAAUCUCAUAAACAACCCAUAAUUGGAGUCACCGUUAUAUCGAAUCCAGGACUUUAUAGAAUUAUUUUUGAUAAUAGUUAUAGUUAUCUUAGGUCCAAAUAAUUGUUUUACAGUAUUCAUUUGCUAGAAACUAAAUGA